AUGACUACAUUAGAUUUAUCUAGAGCCGAGCUUGCUCUUAUUGUCCUCUACUUGAACAAAGCUGAAGCUAGAGAUAAGAUAUGCAGAGCUAUACAAUAUGGUUCCAAAUUCUUGAGUAGUGGACAACCUGGUACUGCUCAAACUGUCGACAAAAACACCAGCUUGGCGAGGAAAGUUUUCCGUCUUUUCAAGUUUGUCAAUGAUUUUCACGGUCUUAUCAGCCCCGUGCCUAAAGGGACUCCGCUUCCUCUCGUCUUACUUGGGAAGUCGAAGAAUGCACUCUUGUCUACCUUCUUGUUUCUUGAUCAAAUCGUCUGGCUUGGUAGAUCCGGCAUAUAUAAGAACAAAGAACGAACUGAAUUGCUUGGACGUAUAUCGCUUUUCUGCUGGCUGGGAUCAUCUGUUUGUACGUCAGCAGUCGAGAUUGGUGAGCUUGGAAGGCUCUCUGCAUCUAUGAAGAAGAUGGAAAAGGAACUCAAAGAUGAUGAAAAACAUAAAGAUGGCCUGUAUCAUGCUAAGCUUCAGAAAUCAAAUGAGAGAACGCUAGCUUUGAUUAAAUCAAGUAUGGACAUUGUUGUGGCCAUUGGUCUUCUUCAAUUAGUUCCAAAGACGGUUACUCCUCGUGUCACUGGCGCUUUCGGGUUUACCACCUCGCUUAUCUCUUGUUAUCAGUUGCUUCCAUCGCGCCCCAAGUUCAAAACACCUUGA